CGAAGUGACCGUCUCCACGGCAUUCGUGCGUGCCACGCAUCGGUCAUUCGAGUGCAACAACUGUCCAAGAUGAAGAUGGCGGACGGACCCACGAUCCUACGGAGAAACAGGCCCGGGACGAAAGCAGAGGAUUUUAGCAGAUGGCCGGAUGAGCCGUUCGAAGAGAUGGAUAGCACACUGGCAGUGCAGCAGUAUAUUCAACAAAUGAUCAGAAGAGAUCCGUCUAAUAUUGAUUUGAUACUCAACAUGCCGGAGGCCAAUGACGAAGGAGUGUGGAAGUACGAACAUCUCAGGCAGUUCUGUAUGGAGCUCAAUGGUCUGGCAGUUAGAUUGCAAGACGAAUGUCAUCCGGAGACUUGCACGCAGAUGACAGCCACGGAGCAGUGGAUAUUUUUAUGCGCGGCGCAUAAAACUCCCAAAGAAUGUCCUGCGAUCGAUUACACUCGACACACGCUGGACGGAGCGGCGUGUCUACUCAACAGCAACAAAUAUUUUCCCAGCAGAAUCAGCAUCAAAGAAUCUUCUGUAGCGAAACUCGGCUCCGUCUGCCGUAGGGUUUACAGAAUCUUCUCUCACGCAUACUUUCAUCAUAGGACAAUAUUCGAUGAAUUUGAAAACGAGACUUUCCUUUGCCGCAGGUUUACGGCGUUUGUGACAAAAUAUAAUCUGAUGUCAAAGGACAACUUGAUAGUACCUAUUAUGGAAGGUGAAGGCGCAACGGAAAGCGAAGCAUAGGAUCUAACAUUGCGAUCGUAUUGUCCAAAGUCGAAUUGUCAGAUUUAGUAAGAAAAAAAAAA